UUUUUUCCUGCCCUAAAUAGGUGACUGGUGAACGUAUUCAGUGCAGCCAGGGUAUGUUGACACUUCUUAUUGGCAUUGUGUUGACACGGGGACCGAUAGAAUUGAUGGCAUUAAGAUAUGGCCUGCGUGUGUUUGGUCUUGUGGCAAGCGGACUUCUGUUGAUAGCACCAAGCUCAGCUAUCUUCGACCAGCUCAGCUAUCUUAGACAAGCUCAUCUAUCUUAGACAAACCUCGAGACAAGAAACCCGGUUGAUACAUCUGACCAUACAUAUAUUACAUUUACUUGAAAACAUCUCUAAGUAAGGAUUGGUGGUCAAAAACAGGAGCAAAAGGCUUUUCACAGCGGGCACGUUGACUUGACCAUCGAGGUGUAAAAGGAACCGGAUUCUCGUGGACAUAUCCCAGCAAAUAAAGCCUGUUCGGCCUCAAGGGUACUCUGGAGAGAUAAAAAUUGCGUCUUGGGUCCUUUAAAAGAACAUGGCGCCUUUAAAUGGAUGGUUCGUAGUAUGGUGCCUGCUUCUGAUGGUGGGAACGCAAGAAGCUCUUGAACCUCAGUUGAAGGACUACUGGUAUAAGCUGGCGCAAGAAGAACUGAAGAAGGCGCUUAAUACGAAGCCAAACACCAACGUUGCCAAAAAUGUCAUCUUGUUCCUAGGCGACGGAAUGGGCGUGUCCACCCUGACGGCCGCCAGGAUAUAUAAAGGACAGCAAGCAGGAAGACCGGGAGAGGAGGGGACUCUGGCCUUCGAAAGCUUCCCGCAUGCUGGUUUGGCGAAGACCUACAACACGGACCGGCAGACGGCGGACUCGGCGGGAACGGCAACCGCCUUCUUGUGUGGCGCCAAAACCAAGUCAGGGCUUAUUGGUCUGGACGACCGCGCUGUUAGGGGCAACUGCUCGUCCGAAAAGGGCGGGGCCAUCAGCUCUAUACUGAAAUGGUCGAACUCCGAAGGCAAAUCAACAGGUGUGGUAAGCACAGCCCGUGUCACCCAUGCCACGCCAGCAUCCGGGUACGCACACUCCGCUGACAGGAACUGGGAGGCGGACGCUGAUAUGCCGGAAAGCGCUCGCACUGGUUGCUCUGACAUCGCCGCACAGCUCGUCGGUGAAGACGGUUCUUUUUUAAACGUAAUCUUAGGAGGUGGACGAAGUAAGUUUUUACCCAACACAACAGCAGACCCUGAAUGGCCAGGUAAAAAUGGCUCCAGGGUGGACGGCAGGAAUUUGAUUGAGGACUGGUCGAAAUCUAAAAAGGAGCCGUCAAGGGCACGUUAUGUUUGGAACUUAGAUGGGUUCAAGGCCGUUGACCCGAUAGGCACAGAUUACUUAUUGGGUUUGUUUGAACCAAGUCAUAUGCAGUACGAAUUAGACCGAAACAAGGCGAAGGAGCCGUCAUUAGCUGAAAUGACAGAAAAAGCCAUCAAAAUGCUGCGGAAAAACCCAAAGGGAUUCUUCCUGUUGGUGGAAGGUGGACGAAUAGACCAUGGUCAUCACAAUAGCACGGCGCAUAAGGCGCUGGCCGAUACCAUAGCCAUGGACAAGGCAGUCACUAAGGCCCUAGAACUGACCGAUACAGAGGACACAUUGAUAGUGGUCACGGCUGAUCACUCGCACGUGUUCACUAUUGGAGGAUAUGCUUCAAGGGGGAACAAUAUACUGGGAAUAACGGACAAGGAUAAGGAUAAAAAUGGCACUGCCUACACAUCGCUGCUGUACGCGAACGGUCCGGGCUAUGAGGCGCCACGACCAGACCCCGCGCCCAUCAACACAAACGACUCCGGUUACCAGUUCCAAAGCGCCGUGCAACUUGACUCUGAAACCCACGGCGGGGAGGACGUCGCCAUUUACGCCACAGGUCCUAUGUCGCACCUGUUCCACUCACUUCACGAGCAACAUUAUAUCGCUCACAUGAUGGCGUAUGCUUCUUGCGUGGGUCAGAAUAAAGAUCACUGUAAAGAAAAGUCGGCAGGUGGCGCUAUGGGGUUAAUUGUCGCCGCUAACGAGCGUCUUUGGGUUUUAAUCUUUGUGGCGGCAUGCGCGAUGCUUGCUCGUUAGGUUCGCUCCAGGUGUAGAUUUAUCAACAGCAUUCUCUCGAUAAAAAGUUGUAAAAAACAGCAUCUAAUGAUCCUCUUUUUUGUAACUCUGUAAGAGGUGGGUGGGAGGGGGGUUUAUAACAUUGUUUUAAAUUUAACUUUGUUUAAUUUUUUGUCUGAAAUUUUGAAGAAAAUGCAGAAGGGGUGUGGAUUAAAAACAUUGAAGAUUGUUCUAAGAAUGAGGUAGAUGAGGCAUGUUUAAUCUCCGUAUUGCGUUUGCUGUGCUUCGUGUUCUCAGUCCUUCGGUGGACAAAGUGUAUUCAUUAAAACAGAACUUCUUUUUGCUUA